GCUAUAGCAAGAAGGUCUUUAUCCACGGAGGGAAUCGAGCAAGCGCUGGAAUCUCUGGAGCUUCGUGAAGGCAGAAGGAACAACGGCAGGAAGUUUUUUUGGAAGCAUCAGGGCUUUCUGCGGAAUUUCAACAAUCAAGAAUCCUUGGGAUCUCUGCCCAGCCUGUCCCAGUGGGGAGAAUCAAGGAACUCUCCACAACUAAAGCGGAGCACGCAAGGAACAUUCUGCACUGCAGAUCAUCACUGUGGAGUGGAAAUGCCUUGGAGAGGGAUCUCCAACGAACAUCUUUACUGAAAAUUGCAGCGAAGCAGUAUCCCGCAAAGACAUUCUCUAGGUAUAGAUUCCUCUCCAGGUGACCCAACAAUGAAAUCCUGAAGAAGACUUUACCCAGCAUGUUUGAAGAUCAGUGAUAGGAUGGAAGUGCUCCGACGUUCUUCUGUCUUUGCUGCAGAGGUGAUGGAAGUGUUUGACCGGACUCCCACCGACAAGGAGCUUGUAUCUCAAGCCAAGGUGCUUUGCAGGGACUACAUUCACUCCAGGCUCAUUCGGGCUGGAAUUGGCUGGAAUAAGCCUGAGCACAGCUCACCUGUUCCAGUGGGCAAGUUAGCAGAAGUGUCCAGCAUACUUUUAAGGUUGGGGGAUGAACUGGAGUAUAUCAGGCCCAAUCUUUAUCGAAACAUAGCACGGCAGCUAAACAUAUCUCUACAUUCAGAAACUGUGGUGACGGAUGCAUUCUUGGCUGUGGCCACUCAAAUCUUUUCUUCAGGAAUAACAUGGGGUAAAAUUGCAUCUCUCUAUGCCGUGGCAGCAGGACUUGCUGUGGACUGUGUGAGACAUGCCCAGCCAGCCAUGGUCCAUACCAUCGUGGACUGUUUGGGAGAAUUUGUACGCAAGACUUUGGUGACAUGGAUGAAGAGGAGAGGAGGCUGGACAGACAUAACAAAAUGCGUAGUGAAUACUGAUCCCAACCUCUGCUCCCAUUGGCUUGUGGCUGCCAUUUGUAAUUUUGGCCACUUUUUAAAGGCCAUCUUUUUUGUGCUCUUGCCAGAAAGAUGAUAUCUAGUUAUCAAAUGACGUUCCAUUUUCUUCUGUGACAGACACAGUGAAGAAGUAAUGAGAUGACUUUCCUCAACGUUUUUCCAGCAACGGGAAGCCUUUUUUCAGUUCUUGUCUUAUACCAAACAGCUUUUGUACUUUGAGAUUUGCAUAAUCUAUUCACAAGGCUGAGCAAUGGAAGAACUUGCCACCCAGUUUAUUGUUUAUAAAUUGUGUCACAUUUUAAUGUACUAAAAAAAAAGGAAGCUGAUUUGGAGUCGUGCAAAGAGGAAAACUAUCCUAAACUACUUUUGUAUUUUCCAGUCGUGAUUUUUACAGUGUUAUUCAUCCUGGAUCCUAAAUUCUUGAUUAAUGAUUGCUAAAUAAAGAAGGGAGGGGUUUCUCCAAUAUAGCGAAAUUUAGUUUAAAUACCACUUCCUGUCUAAGAAACUAAACUGGGAUUAUAUAGCAUACAUAUCCAUCUUUAUAUUUUCAUACCUGAGGCACCAAAAUAAAAGAUCAUGAUUUUUUUUAAAAAAAGCUACGUUUAUGUUGAAUAAAAGAAUCCAGAGACAUCAACCGCAAUAACUUUUAGAAUACAGCAAAAAUCUAUAUGAAGCAUACAACCUUUUAAUGUAAGGUGCAAUUGGCAAAUUGUGUGAUUUGAUUUUAAUCCUACUCUAGCCCAUGUAUGAUAGAUAACAAGCAUGAUCAGGUCAGAAGGAAAUCUAAACCUGCUUUGAUGCCCAAAUGCAAACAAAGAACAAAUAUAGACAAUGAAGUGUAUAAACAUCUUAAAGAUACUUUAACUCAUUUUGUUUCUUUCUACUUUGUAACUUGCAGUGUGCAAAAUACUGGUAAAUGGGACUGGGAUUAGCAGUGAAGAUUAUCCCUGAAAUUUGUGAAAAUAGCAAAGCUUUGGGCUUCUGGUGUUAAACCAUUGAAACAGAAUUUGAACACUGUAUAUAAUGAAAUGACACCUUGAAGAGGUUGGUUGAUUUAUUGUGACUAAAUAAAACACAACAGAGCAUGAAGAACAUGACUUCUGGAACUCUUUCUAAUCACUUAAUCAUAGUUCUGCUCUGGGUCAAGUGGUCAGGAGUGGAGCUUAGAUUUGAGGCAUCAGCAAUAUUCCAAAUGGCUACCUAACUGCCUUUUCAAAAAGGAUACAUUUGGGG